GUCCAGACCGACACCCUGAACCCUACCGCCCCCACGUCGCCGGCAACCGCGACCGAGCAACCGCCGCCGCCGCCGCCGCCGCCGCCAUGGCUCUCCUCCUGAAGCGCAACCACCACCUCUCCACCACUUCCCGCCUCCUCCUCCGCCGCCUAUGCGCCACCGAGGCCACCACAGAACCGGCUCCCGCCUCGCCCAUCCCACCGGCUCCCAACUCGCCUCCGCCCCUGACGCCCGCGGAAGCCAAGCUCCUGGACUCGCUCCACGCGGCGAUCCUCGACCACAGCCGCGCCCACCCGUCGACUGCGCUCCCCUCCUCGCCGCCAUUCGAGCCCCUUCCCGCGUUCUCCUCCACCCUCGCCGGCCUCCUCCCUUCCCCGCCCGCACCGCACCUCGCGCUCCAGCUCCUCGGCCGCCUCCUCGCGCUCCGCCGCGGCGUCCCGUUCCCGGAGGCCCUCACGUUCUUCCACCACGUCGUCCCGUCGCUCCCCGCAGACUCGCUCCCCGCGCUCUACGCCGCUAUGAUCGACCUGCUCGCGAAGCACCACCACUUCCCGCUCGCCCGACACCUGCUCGACGAAAUGCGCGAGCGCUCCAUCCCUGUCUCGUCGCAGGUCAUCCUCGCCAUAAUCCGCCGGUACGUCCGGGCGGGGAUGUCUCCUGAGGCCUCCGAGCUGUUCCGUCGGAUGGAGGAGUAUGGCGCCGGGGUCCCAGACCCUGCGGUGCUCGCCUCUCUCCUUGGUGCGCUGUCCAAGAAGCGCCUCGCCGGUGAGGCACAGGCGCUGUUCGACAGCUACAAGUCGGUAUUUCCACCGGAUGUCGUGCUCUACACGACCCUGGUGCAUGCCUGGUGUCGUGCCGGGUGUCUCGACAAGGCAGAGCAAGUGUUUGCUGAGAUGCAGCAGGCCGGGAUCAUGCCGAAUGUUUACACCUACACUUCUGUGAUUGAUGCCAUGUACCGCGCUGGGCAGGUGCCCCGUGCCCAGGAGCUCCUCUGCCAAAUGAUGGAGACUGGGUGUCCUCCAAACACGGCGACCUUCAAUGCCAUCAUGCGGGCUCAUGUCAAGGCCGGGCGUUCUGAGCAGGUGCUGCAGGUGCACAACCAGAUGCGGCAGCUUGGUUGUGAUCCAGACAUUAUCACAUACAAUUUCUUGAUGGAGACACAUUGUGGGAAGGGGCAGAGCAACCUUGACGCUGCGAUGAAAGUGCUCGCCAAGAUGAUUGCCAAGGGGUGUAUUCCUGACUGCCACACGUUCAAUCCCAUGCUGAAGCUGGUCCUUGGGACGGGCAAUGUAGAAGCUGCACGGAGGCUGUACGAACGGAUGCAAGAGCUGCAGUGCAAGCCCAAUGUGGUGACUUAUAAUUUGCUUAUGAAGUUGUUCAAUAAGGAGAAGUCGAUGGACAUGGUGCUGAGGAUAAAGAAGGACAUGGAUGCACAAGGUGUGGAACCAAAUGUGAACACCUACGGAGCUCUAAUCGAGUCAUUCUGUGGGAGGGGAAACUGGAGGCGCGCUCAUGCAACGCUGAGGGAAAUGGUUGAGGAGAAAUCCCUGAAACCCACAAAACCGGUGUAUGAUAUGGUGCUGAUGCUGUUGAGGAAAGCCGGUCAGCUCAGGAAGCAUGAAGAGCUUGUGGAAUUGAUGGCUGACCGGGGCUUCAUUAAGCGCCCAUCAGAGGAUGCCUUGUGGAAGGCAGUAGCUGCUUCCUAAACCAUUUUUUCCCAUAGGAUCCAAAAGGACCGUGGGGUUCCACUAUCAGCAUGAUAGUGGAUGCCAUAGUACAAGCAUCCAGUGCAGAAACAAAGAGAAAAUGAGGUUCUUCUGCCGCCUAAUGCUAGCAGCAGCUAAGGAACUAGAAGAUUUGAGUAAACAUAAAUGACAGCAUAAAUUUCUAGAACAUCACUCAGUGUUGCGAAUAGAGGGCCAGGCACAUCAGGCAAACAACAAGAUGAGGCACAGAAACUUCACCAGCAGCUUCAGACACCCAUGUUUUCUGCUUGCUUCCUGAACUUUAUUUGUUCGAUGUUAUUGGCGUGCAAUCUUAUAUGAGUGGUAUUUUGUUAUCUGUUAUGUUGUAUCCUAGUAUCACAUAGAGUAAUAAUGCUUCCUUGAUAAUAUUGAUAGAGAUUCGUGGUUUGAA